AUGGAUGUAAAGCCAAAAUUGGGCGGAUGGCGCGGACGGAAGAACGAAGACACCAAAAGAAUGAGGGAAACCCUGACAUACAAUACCGAUCUUGAGAAGAAGAGAACAGAGGAAGGUCGUGAGAAAGAUAAUAACAACCCGAAACCCUGGAAAACAAAAUGGCCAAAAUGUGCAUGUUGUCCACGGUCCCAUCAACUCGCCUUUUGUCCAGAAUUCAAUAAGAAAGAUUUGAAUGCAAGAUGGGAAAUCGUGAAGGAACAGAGACUAUGUCAUGUGUGCAUGAAGGUUGGACAUUUCAGAGAGAAUUGUCGCAGUACCGACUCCUGUCCCUGUGAUAGUCAGAGGAAACAUCACGUGCUGCUCCAUAACACGAGGAAAAAGGAUGAUAAUAAUAACUCUAAUGACAAGAAAUUAACCGAGGAUACAGAGGAACGCAACAAAUUACAACGUGAUAAAGAAAAGAAGACCGAACAGUAUGCAACAAUAACAAACACGGCCUCGAAAUUGGUGUUACUUCAUGUAGUUCCUGUGCAAGUAAUAUCUCCUGAGGGAGCAUCGCUGACCACAUAUGCUCUAUUAGACAAUGCCUCACGCGGAACAAUGAUAAGUGCAGAAUUAGCAAAAGAGUUAAAUCUUAAAGGAAGAAAGGAAACAGUAGUUGAGUUUGACCUGCGACCCGCUUCAUCGGAAGGAGAGAAAAUUAAGGUCAAAGAGGGUCUGGUGUCCGAGAAGUUUAACAUCGCUGAAAGAUAUUUACCAAAAGAUGUCGACAGAAACCUGUAUCCGCAUUUGGCUGACCUUGACAUACCAGAUGUAACUCUUGGCAAGGUGUCGGUGUUAAUUGGCAAGGACGUGGAAGAAGCACACGAAGUCAUGGAGAUUCGUAAAUCGAAGAAGCCCGGUAGACAACUACAAGGCCAACGAGGCCCUCUGGGAUGGGUCAUAACAGGUACUCUAGAUGGUGAUUCAAUGAAGAAAGACGUAAGCGUUAAUUACAAUGACUGUGAUAAAACAUUGCAUGAACAAAUUGAGAACUUCUGGAGUAUCGAAGGGUAUGGAACAAGAGCCACUGGACAUGAAAGGGCAAAAGAUUACCUUCCAAACGGAAGUAUGUCAAAGGAAGACGAACGUGCGCAGAAAAUAUUGGAAGAGACGUUCAAAUUGAAAGAUGGUCACUAUGAGACAGGGCUUCUAUGGAAAGAUGAUAACACAAUUUUGCCUGAUAACAGGAAGCAGGCUGAGAAGAGACUAGAAGGCUUGAAACGACGCUUUAAAAGAGAACCCGACCUCGAAACGAAAUAUCGCUCGGUAAUGGAGGACUAUCUCGACAAAGGGUACGCACGUCGCCUUUCACCAGACGAAAUCCGUGAAUCCGGACCAAGAAAAUGGUACCUACCCCAUUUCCCGGUAUUAAACCCAAAUAAACCAGAAAAAGUGAGAAUCGUAUUCGAUGCCGCCGCAGAAUUUGACAACACCUCGCUAAAUAAGAACCUACUACAGGGACCAGACCGCACGAACAGCCUGGUUGGUGUUCUAUUAAGAUUUCGCCAAGAAAGCGUGGGAAUAGCAGCUGAUAUCGAGAGUAUGUUCCACCAAGUUAAGGUUUGCCCGAAAGAUCAAGAUUCACUGAGGUUUUUGUGGUGGCCAGACAACCUUGAAAAACCUCCGGAAGAAUACGUGAUGACAGUCCAUAUUUUUGGUGCAACUGAUUCCCCUUGCGCAGCAAAUUCAGCUCUGAAAAAAACAGCUGAUGAUAACGAGGCAGACUUUGAUCCAGGAACUAUAACUACCGUGAAGAAGAACUUCUAUGUGGACGAUCUUUUAAAGUCUUUAAAUACGACUGCAGAAGCUAUCCAUCGAGCAGAAGAAUUGAUCAAAUUGUGUGAGCUAGGCGGUUUCAACCUGACGAAGUUCAUGAGUAAUGACCGCGACGUACUGUCGUCGAUUGCUGCCGAGAAACGAGCCGAUCCAAAUCUUGACCUCAGCUUGGAUAAACUGCCCAUUGAAAGGGCUCUUGGCACACGCUGGAAUCUCGAGUCAGACGAAUUGGGAUUCAAAGUAUCAGAAUUGAAGAAACCUGACACAAUGAGAGGAGUUCUGUCCACGAUAUGCACUAUUUUCGACCCUUUAAAUCUCGCUGCACCGGUAAUGUUAGUGGCAAAGAAGUUAAUGCAGGAUUUGUGGAGAAAGAAGUAUUCCUGGGACCAACAACUUGAAGGAGAAAUACUACGCAGAUGGCAAUGUUGGAAGGAAAGUCUUCAUCUCCUGAGUAAAAUAACGAUUCCAAGAUGCUAUUAUACCAAUCCUCAGCACGAAGAAAGUACCCUGGAACUACAUAAUUUCAGUGACGCAUCAGAAGUAGGAUAUGGAUCCGUCACGUACCUUCGUAUCAGUUAUCCAGACGGAAAGAUAGAGUGCUCGUUCGUCGCUGGAAAGGCGCGAAAUGCACCAGUAAGGACCGUUACCAUCCCGAGGCUCGAACUGCAGGCGGCCGUUUUGGCUGCACGAAUGGGCAAGUCUAUCAAAAGAGAGCUGGAGCUUGACAUUAAAAGAGUGUUUUUCUGGACGGACUCGAUGAUCACCCUUAGCUAUAUUAACAACGAAACGCGACGCUUUCAAACCUAUGUUUCGAAUCGAAUCGCAGAAAUCCACGAACUAACGUCGCCUGAGCAGUAG